GCCUCUGGUGGCUCAGCUUCAUACCGCUCCAUGCGCCGCUCAACCUCCAGUGCCUCUCGCCGCCGUGGCUCGUUGGCAUCCUCCUCUUUCCGUAACUCGUUGGCCAUUGAGAACAGUGGUCAGGCUGAGGGCAAGUUCUUUGCCUUCCUCGACAUGGUUGCCAACGCUUCCAAGGAGGCCAUUUCGUUGAAGGAGCUUUGGUCGCAGAUGGCCGCUGAACGUCGCAACUUCGCUGCCGAGCGUGAGGAGCUUCGUGAGCAGAUUGAAGAGGUCACCUAUGAGCUCGAGACCAAGCAGCAGGACAACAACAGAUACGAUGGCGAAGUUGCUGAGUCCAAGGAGAAGGCUCGUGCUAUCUCUAUCGAGCUUACCACCGCCAUCAACAGACUUGCUGCUGAGAAGAACAAGCUUACUGAGCGUGACUCGCACAUUGAGCGUCUGCGCAACGAGCUUAUCGGUCAGCAGGAGCUUCAGUCUACUUUCCGCUCCCAGAUCGACCGCCUGAAGGCCGAGUACCAGUCUCACGAGACUCUAUUCAAGUCCAUGCAGGAUGACCGUGACGGUGCAAGAGAAGAUGCCGACAGAUACCAGCGUGGUCUCCAGAGAGUCACCCAGGAGCGCACCGAGAUUACCUCCAGACUCGAGGAGGUCCAGACUGCUCUGGAGACUCUCCGCAAAGAAGCCGUCAUCUCCGCCGAGCGUCUGAGAAAAUACGAACUCGACCAAGACGAGAAGAUUCACGAGAUCAACCGUCUCAAGGAAGAGCUUCGCAAGUCUCGCAGCAGAGAAGAAGAGUCCGGCUCCGAGCUUCUGAUCAUCUCCGAGAAGUUCAGCCAGUCCAACCGCGACAUCAGCAAGCUCAAGGACACUCUCAGAACCGUUGAAGGCGAGCGCGAUGAACUCACCCACAUCGUCGACGUCAAGAACCGCGAGAUCAAAUCCACAAUCGCCAGACACGACGAGGUGCAAACUCUCCUUCUCGAGAAGACCACCCAACUCGACGCCCUCCGUCGCGAACUCUCUCUCUUCGAAGAUCGCCUCCGCAGCGCAGAGCUCGAAAGAGAUGAAAAGCACGAAGCCUUCGAGCACUCCCGCGAGCAACACAAACUCGUCAUCAUCACCCGCGACGAAUUGUCCAACGAACUCAUCACCGCUCAAGGCAAAGUCGACGCCGCAAAGCGCCAAAUCAACCUCCUCACCGAGACCGCCACAAAGACUGAACAAGUCAUCAUCGACACUCGCGCCGAAAUCACAAACCUAAACAGCACAGUCAAGGCUCUCGAACGCGAACGUCUGGACUGGCAAAAGAAAAACACCACCCUCACCGAUCAACUCGUAGAACUCAAAGGCCGCAUCGUAAUCCUCACCCAACAAAUCCACGAUACUUGUUCAGAGCGCGAAUCCCUCCGCGACGAACUCCGCCGCUCUCACCAAGAAUUGGAAGAAUUCACCGAAACUCUCACCACAGAUGAAAGCGCAGAAUACGAAUUCGAGCUCGAAAACAUGAGGACUAUGCUCCGUAGAGCACAAGAGCAAAAAGAACAAGCCAUUUCCGCUCGUGCAUCUGCUGAUAGAGAAAGAGAUGAAGUGUAUGCCAAAUACGAGGCUAAAUGUCGUGAAAUGGAGAGAUUUGAAGAAGAGGCUAGUGCGAGGAUGCGUGAGGUGUCUGCGGCUUCGGGGAGUGGG